AUGAUGAGUCAAGUAUCACAUUCUCAGGAAGGGUCUGGGCGAUUUUGGAACAAAUUCAAGUCGUCAACUAAAUCGUUAUCUACAUCUUUGGCACAUUUAUCCAUCAAAGCAGAGAAAGACGGUGAUACAGUAAAUACGACACUGGUCCAUAAAGGGCUUGUGAAAUUUUAUGAAAACCAGCAUCCUUUUCAAGGGUUCCCAGGUUGGUUAGGGGAAAAGGAAGAUUUACCUAACGAACGUAAAAUAUUGGAUACUCAAGUGAAGCAUGAUAUGAAAAAGCAAAGCUCCCGUCAUUUCUCACCAUCCUUUUCCAACAGAAGGAAAGCUUCGUCAGAGGAUCCUAUGGGUACACCUACUCCAAAUGGGAGCGCACCGGAAUACACGCCUGCGAGUAAAUCCUUUCAAGAUAUAUACAAUAAUCAUACAAGUUCCUCUAGCGCGACACCGAGAAGAGCUUCAUCCCGGCCUACUAGACCUUCAGCAGGCCAGGAAUUUAGGGCAAGCCUGGGUCGAAGUAAAACAUCGGGCAGUUCUAGCGCUUCUAACACACCAACGCCGCCACCAGACGCAAGUAGUGGUGUAAUGGCAAUGAAGGAUAGACUAAAGAGGCGCAAUAACGAUUAUGGAUUCUAA